AACUGGGUCAUACGUUCAAGUAGAUGUACUUUCAUAAAGUAAUUGAUAAAAUUAUUAUUUCUGUUCUCUCAAUACAGUGGACAACAAAUACAUCUAAUUUUAAAACUUGUACCAAAAUAUUAACGUUUUGGACAUAUGGAAUUUGCUAUGAUGCAACGCCAUAUCCCAUGAUCCUCCCUGGCCUUUGCCUGUAUCUUCGUUUCUGCUUCCGUUUAACUAGCGCAUGCUCAUAUUGCUGUAGAAUGCGGAUUUCGAAGCUAACAAAAUAGUUAGCAUUUUAAGCUAAAAACAAGCUUCUUCUUGUUUGGCUAUAAACUGGUUGAAAUGUCUAAAACGCAUCCCCAGCCCCCUCCGUCGUCGUCAGUGACGUCCAGCGGGCCUCCCUCAUCGUCCUCACCCGCAGGGGGUUCGACAUCUCCCGCAACUGUGUUGAACGUCCAACCCGAGAAACCUCAACAUUACACAUAUCUGAAGGAGUUCAGGACAGAGCAGUGCCCUCUGUUUGUGCAACAUAAAUGUACACAACACAGGCCCUUCUCGUGUUUUCACUGGCAUUUCCUAAACCAGAGGCGCCGCAGACCCAUCCGCAAGCGAGAUGGGACGUUCAACUACAGCCCAGAUGUUUACUGCACCAAAUAUGAUGAGGGAACGGGCACCUGUCCGGAAGGAGACGAAUGUCCAUUUCUACACAGGACAGCUGGUGACACGGAGCGCAGAUACCAUCUUCGCUAUUAUAAGACAGGAUCCUGUAUCCAUGAAACUGAUUCAAAAGGAAACUGCAGCAAAAAUGGCUCCCACUGUGCCUUUGCGCACGGAUCACAUGACUUGCGCAGCCCGGUUUAUGAUAUCAGAGAGGUGCAAGUGAUGGAUUCACAAGGAGGCUCAGGAUCCUCGGAAGGAGGAGGAGGAGGAGACAGUCAGUCGGGACAAGCAGCAAGUACAGCUCUUAUAGAGAAGAUCUUGAGCGAGGAACCACGUUGGCAAGAUAACAAUUAUGUGCUGUCACACUACAAGACAGAGCUUUGUAAGAAACCGCCGCGUCUUUGUCGUCAAGGUUACGCCUGUCCAUACUAUCACAACAGUAAAGACAGGAGACGCAGCCCACACAAGCACAAAUACAGAGCUCUGCCCUGUCCGGUGGUUAAACAGAGCGAGGAGUGGGGGGACCCCAGCAAGUGUGAGGGAGCGGAGGGAUGUCAGUAUUGUCACACGAGAACAGAGCAGCAGUUCCACCCAGAGAUCUACAAAUCUACAAAGUGUAAUGACAUGCAGCAGAGUGGCAGCUGCCCCAGGGGACCCUUUUGUGCCUUUGCUCAUAUUGAAAAGCCUUUCGUUGCUGAAGAACCAUCUGUUCCCAACCCCAACUCCCCACCUACACCCAGACCUCCAGACCCUCUCUCAGGACAGGAGGUGUCUUCAAGCCCCAGUGGACCCAGCUUAGGGCCAGGAGGGUCUGGUUCCAUUUCGGAUCUCUUUUCUCCAUCUGUUGGGUCAUGUGUAGCAGAGCAGCAAGGCCUGCUGGGUAAUGUUCUGUCAUUGUGUGAAGAUUCAAAUGGAGCAGCUGAGCCGCUGUCUCCGUGGGCAGGAGAGGGGGGCUACUGCAGAGCUCCUGGGUUUGAGAGGGAAGACCACAAUAAACAGAGGAGUUUUGCUCUUGAGCAGCGCAGCAGAGAAAUGUCAUCAAUGCAGAGCAAACAGGACUUGUUGGUGUUUUUACCAGUGGGCAGUCCUCUGAGUUUGUCGUCCAGCAUCCCCUCCAGUCUGGCCGCCACCCCUCCCAGCCCUGCUCCUCUUGGACACUUGGGGUCCAGCAUCUCGUCAGGCAUGAACGCGAACGCUCUGCCUUUUUACCCAACCAGUGAGACGGUGGAGUCAGUAGUUGAAUCAGCCCUGGAUGACCUGGACCUGAAUGAUUUUGGAGUGUCAGCGUUAGAGAGGAGUUUGGAGAGCACCUCUGGUCUUCCCAGUGUGGGAGUAAUGCUGGGAGGCAGCCAGUUUCAGAGUUCUGCUCCUGUCAACAUCCCAGGAUCCUUCAGCAGCUCAGCUCCCUUCAGCUCACCUUCACCCUCUCCUCCCAUCAGGCCACACACAUCUCCGUUCUUCUCUGCUCACCUGUCCCAGCCUGGCCAAUCAGAGGGCAGCUUCUUAGGUCCAUCUCACAGCUCUUUAGGUUUGAAUGGUAUGAGCACUAAUAUCUGGGAGCACUUUCCAUCAGGGCAGGGGUCUCCAGGGACCCCUCCUGCUCUGCUCCCAGCAGGCUCUGGUGCAGAGUCCUCCAGGCUCAAACAGGAGCUGGAGGAGGCUCACAGGACUCUGAAGCAGUGGGGGCACAGCUGGAGACACACAGCUCAGUCAUGGGCUGCAGUCAAGGCUGACGCAGAGGAGUCCAGAGCCCACGCAGCACGAGUAGCCAUGGAAGCAGAGAGAGCCAGGCAGGCUGAGGAGGAGGCACAGAGACAGGUCACCCUCAUGCAGGAGGCGCUGGAGAGCUUAAGGAGUGGUGACAACCCCCAUCUAGAACUGCAUCAGCUGCAGCUCCUGCACAGACUGCCCAUGGAGUCAGUGCUGAGUUUACAGGCUCAGCUCUGCAGCUGUUUACGUGCUGUAGAACAGGUGGUGUACAGGAAACAGAGACAGUGCUGUGUGACGUGUGGCGAGUCCGGCUCAUCGUCCCUGCCCUGCGGCCACGGACUACAAUGCGAGAGCUGCUCCACCUCCCCAGAGUGCCCACUCUGCUCAGAACAGUCUCUGGACCAGCAGCUCUCUUGACGCCACAGCACGGUCAGACCACAGCAGAUCACUUCUCACUCAGUCCUGAUUCCUCAGAUACCAGCCUCCAACCUCAGCCACCAUCAGCCACAGUUGCAUUGAUGUAGUUUUAAGGUAUGGACACGAGUCGUUCGCCGGUCUGGUUUUUGUACCCUUCUUAGACGACCUUUUCUGAUACAUGACUGGCUUUUGAGCUCUGGUCACAAAAUAAAAGCUCUCCAUAUGGGAUUUAGGAUUUUUAAUGGUUCCAGUAUUACUUACUUAGAGCACUAGUCCAUUUCACUAGUUAUGGUUCUCGACCAGCAGCACUGUUCUUAACCCGUGUCUCAGAAUUCUGAAAGUUACUUUAAGGCCUGCUCUUAGUUUCUCACUAAAAUCUCGAACGUAUUUCUGUAUAUGUUUUACAACAUAAACAUAAUCACUUUUCUCACCGUCUGGACAGUUUCAGUAGGAUAUUCACUGUUCAACCAAGGUCAAAGUCAUUUCUUAGUAUUUUCUGAUAUCUAGAAAUUAUAAAAUGCCUGUGUAUAUGUAUACAUAUAUGUGGGUAUAUACAUAUAUAUGUGUGUAUAGAUAUAUAUAUAUAUAAAGAUAUAUAAAUACACACACAUAUAUACAUACAUAUAUGCAUUGAUUUCCCCACUGGUAACAAGCAUGUAGCUCUGUGUUUCCACUUGUUUUCUGUUUUCAGAAAGGGGAAGACCAAUGUUUAUCUGAGGUUCAGGCAGUAUGUCUGUCUUUAUUCUACAUGUUGGGUGCUCAAAGGGUUGUAAUUACGCUGGUUUUAGAAGAACCUAAAUGGAAAUAUGUCGCAACUUUUUACAUUACAAAAAAUGACGUUUCAUUAUCUCAAUCCCUACUUUGAAAAAGUAAAUAUUUAUUAUGUGACAGUUUCACUGAUGAAAAAACAGAUGGUUUAGCUGAAAAGAUUGUGUGUAUGUCUGGAUAAUUUGUUUGAUUGACACAUGGAAAACAGUCAUCAGGUCUUCAGUGAUUCUGAAGGCUUUGGGAAAGCCUGUCUUAAGUGAAAAUGAAACCUGGCUCCUAUUGGGUAGCCCAGCUGUCAAUCACAGAGCCCAAUCAUUGUCUCCAUCUUUUUCAUUCUUCAUUCUUACAAGACUGAUAUCAGGCUCCAGUAGAGAUAACAUGAAACUGGUCGACAGUGACAUAGUCUUGCUUUAACACAUAAUAAAUGAUUCUAUAGUUAUAAUAAGUGCUUUAAUUUUGAAAGAGAACUUUAUGUUUUUUGUGUUUGGCGAGACCACAACAAAACCAAAAACUGUCAACCCUGCAUGUUUAUUCUAAGUGUAAAACUAUCAACCCUUCUGAUUGAAAACAGUAUAAGGGAAUAUUAUUUACUUUAACUUUACAUUUAUCUUAACAAACACUUGGAGACCACACCAGUCUGCUGGUAACGCUCGUCUAGAAUACAAUGAUUUUUUUUUAAAAAAUAACACAAAAAAAACUUUCGAGCUAAAUAUACUUAUUUAAAAUAGCUUUUUUUCAUAAUGAAACAAUAUUUAAAACAACAUAUUAAGAUUUGUUUCUUUCCAACAAAUGGCCUCAUUUAAGAACAAAACUCUCAGGUUUUCUCCAGUUUUCUCCCACAAACUGGACAAUGUAAGCAUGUUAUAGUACAAUCAAGGCAAAUGUACUCGGUUCACACGAGUAGUCUCUGAAGAAACAUUACGUUGUUUAUUUUCUUUAUACUACGCUUUAUUUUAGCUUUAGAUAAACCUGGGCCCCUUUGCUAUGUUUAAAAUCAGUUUAUUUUAUUUUAAAAUUGUUUAUUUGUAGUCAUUUUUUUUGACAUUUCACAAUGUGUCAAAAGUAGUCUAACAUAUAUAUAUAUAUAUAUAUUAUAUCUCUACCCAUAGUUCAGUAAUUUCAUUCUUAUGGUUGCACUGAUUAGACAGAACAUCAGGAAGCAGACAGAACCAACAUGUUCAUGUUCACUGUGAUCGAUUCUACACACAAACACACACACACACACACACACAUACACACACACAAACAACUCAUCUUACACAGUGUUUCCUUCUAAGUGGACUUUCUUGUUUGCGUCUUUGUUUUUGGUACAGAUCAUUAAAACAAAUUGUAUAUUUUUGGAUUAA